AUGGUUGUUUUGUGGUUCGUCACGGUGGCUUUGGUCGGGGCUGAUCAAAUUCCAAGGGUGCCGUCACGUCCGCCACAAGCUUCGAGGUAUUAUGUCCAUGUGGUAAAUGGACUAAAGUACCUCGAUAUGGUUGUUCACUGUCAGUCCAAGGACGAUGAUUUGGGAUCUCACCAUUUGGUUAACUAUGGAGAUGAUUACCAAUGGAACUUUAAGGAAAACAUUUGGGGAACAACCUUGUUUUGGUGCAAAUUGGUGAAGCGAGAUGCAUAUGUCUCUUUUGAAAGUUUUUGGCCUGAGUCGCCCAAGAACACUUGGCUCCGUGAUAGGUGUGGUAUUCAAGGAAAUUGUAUUUGGAUCGCCAAAAAUGAUGGGAUUUACUUAAGAAAUAAUCCUGCUAAUGUUGAUGAGUAUGUUCACAAAUGGAUCUAUAGUACAUAA